AUGGGAAGACAUCGUAAUCCUGAUAUUCAACGAUCAUUCGUUGAAUUCAACGACAGCGCGACGCCAUCAAAGUGCAAUAAAGUCCGCUGUCUCCACUGCGGCUAUGUGCGCGCGAAGAACACAACGCGUCAAAUCGAGCAUUUGCAAGAAUGUCAAGCCUACCUGGACUCUCCAGAAGCAGCGGCCCAUUUGAGUGCGAACGUGGACGGAACGCCCGUCGGGCCGACUAUGGGUGAGAACACCACCAGCCAGAUGCUGAACGGCACUCACCCCAAUCCGAAUCUCCAAGUCCACCGACGCGGUCCGAAUCAGAACAAGCGAACCCGCGAAGGUCAACCCAUCGCGCCCGCGCCCGCCGCUCCGCCGUCCGUCCCGCCGCCGACUAUGCCUUCAAUCACCCAGCACCUUCUCAACUCCAACCGCAUCUCGUUCCAGGCUGGAACGGAAACACCGUUCUUAUCGCACGCCGGAUGCGGGACGCUGGCGGCAGCUCCGCUGGCGCAAUGGAUGGUGCAAGAUGGACAUUACACGCGCGGCUACAUCCAGCUCAUCGGUGCGAUGAUCGCGAAGGUGAGGCUGCCGCACGUGCCGAACUCGCAGUUCCAUCUGUUGUAUCGGACGAUGGAUCUGCUGAUCGUCGCGCUGAACAACAUCCGGCGCGAGAUGACUUUCUUCGAGAUCACGGCGACCAAGUACAGCAUCCAUUUAGCGGAUGAGCCGCCGAAUGUGGUCACUCGAGCAUAUCUCGACCUUUUCAAUAGCGUGAGCAGCCCUAGUGCCUCGCUUUUGGAAGGGAUGGUCGUCCUCUGGGCUACUGAGCAUUGCUACCGCACGGCAUGGCUCUAUGCCGCCAAGUUCACCACCACCCUCUCCACCCCAUCCAAUGAGAGCCAUAUCGCGGCCUUGCACCAGAACCUCAUCCCGAACUGGACCUCCCCUGCAUUCAGCAAGUUCGUUGACGCCUGCCGAUCCCUCGUGGACGACCUGGCCAACUCCACCAACAUCCCCAACGGCAAGGAGGAGAUGGAUCGCUGCGAGCAAGUGUUCCGUCAAGUGUGCUGGCUCGAAGAGCAGUUCUGGCCCGAAGUCGAUGGCAUGGGCGAAGAGGACGACACAGCUCGCCUCGGGCCCGUCAGCCACUCGAUCGCCACGGGGGGGGCCGCCGCCAACGACCCCGAUCAGAACGAAUUCGAUGAAGUUCUGGACGGAGUGGCGGAGGCAGCGACGGCGGGAGUGUAG